ACUGAUACAUGUUCCUGUACGGACACAUUUAUAGUAGGACACAAAUGGACGAGGAGAAGAUAGGUAGAAAAAUUAAGGAGAACAGAAACGUUGUUUUCAGGUGUCGAAGAUGUCAACGCUGUCAGAAACAGAGCGCGCAGGAUUUACAAAUAUACUAAAGUCUAUGUCAAAAGGCGACUUACUCUCCCUUUGUGACACAGUCACGAAUAAGUUGAUAGUUGUGGAAAACGUUACAGAGGCUAUGGAAACAAUUCUCUUAUACACUCAAAAUGCUGAGGAGCUCCUGAAGAGGAAGAAGGUUUAUCGCGAACUCAUAUUCAAGUACCUGGCCCAAGAAGGUGUGGCGAUGCCCCCAAACAGUGAGAAACACCAGCUUGUGAAAAGGACACUGGAGCUUUGGUCGUCUGGGAAGACCGUGGUUGACAGAAGCCUUCCAGGAGAGAGAUAUAGGGCUGAGGUGGACUUUGACCCAGUGGUCCUCGGCCAGCAGUUCUGCCAGUGGUUUUUCCAACUCCUAAACAGUCAAAACCCCUUGCUGGGCCAGCCCCCUCAGGACUGGGGACCACAACACUUCUGGCCAGAUGUGAAACUACGUCUCUUCUCUACAGCCGGCCACGAGCAGGUGGAUGAGUUCCUGGGUGCUGAACUGGUUAGCAGUCGUCUCCUGGCCUUGACUGGGGAUGAGCACCUCCUCCUCAGUCCCAACAUGCAGCCUAAUGGCUUCAGGACGCUGACCUCCCCCCAUGGCCUGGUACUAGUGGCUGUAGCUGGGACCAUCCACAGGGGCGAAACCUGUCUGGGCAUCUUUGAGCAAAUAUUUGGCCUCAUCCGCACUCCGCUGGAGAAAAACAGCUGGAAGAUCAAGUUUGUCAACCUUAAGAUCAAAGCGCAGGAUGCUCUGGGUGGGACAGACGUGGUAGCGCCUGCCUUGAGUUACAACUCCACCGAAUUGCAGCUUCUCGGCAGUUGAUGACUCGUCGAACUUGCCCAAAUGUGUUUAGAACAUGGCAUGUGUGCUGGCAAAAAACACUCUCCUAAGUUAUGUUUAGCAUUUCAGGAUGUAAAGGUAGGGGGACAUGGUUGCAUCUAAACGUACUUGGUACAUCAUUGAUGUAACAUCAACACAUGACAAAGCUUGAGAAAAGUUUACUCUGUUGUUUUCUGCUUUGCACAAAAUGCAAAUUGGCUGCUUCUGGAUUUGGAACAUUUUGCCUCAAAUAUACCGAACUUUGAUGCAAAUUGUGUUGCUUUUGCAUCCUGUGCCUUAGAUAAAAGAUGUUAAAAUUUAAAUACAGACAUGGAUGUUCUUAUGUAAAUAUGUAUGAUAUCAAAUAUAAAAAAAUAUAUAUUAACACAUGUGCUCUAUCCAGUAAUGACAAGUAGGGAACUACUUGCAAACAGAAUAAAUAUUAUUAGUUCAUUUGACAAUACGGUCUAA